AUGGCUUCAGAUUUGGCAGAGCAGGAGCAUCUUUAUGACACAGAUGUAGAAGACGAAGAAGACACAGUAUAUGAUAUUGCUGGACUCACUACUAUUGUAGUAGCAAUAAUUAUCACAAUUGCAUGCUUUGUGCACGCACAAAAGAAAAAAGUAAAACAAAUUACUGCUGUACCAGCACGAGCUGGAGGAGAGGUAAUACCCAGAUACUAUGAAGUUGGCGGCCCAGAAUACAGCAGUACCCCACAAUUAUUGUACGACGAGCCAUAUUAUAGCGGAAAAAGAUCAGAGGAUUUAUCAGAAAUAGAAGAUUCAUCGAAUCAAGGUUCAGGAAUGAUUCCUAUCCAUGAUCAUGCACACCACAGACAACCACUGCCGAUUCCGACCGACACACAACCACCGCUGAUUCCAAUCGACAUACAACCACCGCCGAUCUUUACCAUCGAAGAACCUCUCCCGACUUCAACUGACGAACAGUCACUACCGUCUCAAGAGGCAGAAAAAAUUACCAAAAAGAAAAAAAAGAAGCACGGUGGAUCGCAUCAUCACCACAAACAUCAUCACUCACCACCUACCUAA